GUCUGCCCUUGUCACUCCUCCUCUGUGCAUCUCCUGCUCUGCGUUCUGUCAAGAAAAAAGGGGGAAACGUUGGGGAAUUCAUAUUUUUUCCAGGCUGGAUUCACUCGUUUUCACCAAUGGAUGGAGUUUGUCGCCCGGCGUGCACAGUGACUUCCUAAAAACGUCCUACACCGUGCUGGGCGCUCCUCUCGAAGGUUAUCUUGGGAUGGAGCAGUGCGGAGGAGCAGGAGGGGGGCCGGAGAGCCCGGACCUUCCUGACCGAGCCAGCCCGGAGGAGAGGGGGGCAAAACCCGAGAGCCCGGCCUGCAGCGGACCCCCGCAGUGCAAGAUGAGCCGCCUGGAGGUGAACGGCAGCCCGGCUAACCCGCAGAUCCAGCAGAACGGCGGCACACCGCUGAGACCGUUAGGAGGUUUGAUGAUCCCCAUCUACUGCGUGGUGGAGCACGCAGACGCAGCCGGCGACUGCGACAGCCGCAGCGACCGUCACGCCGAGUUCGUGCUGGUCCGUAAAGACGUGCUCUUUACGCAGCUGGUGGAAACGGCACUCGUUGCCCUGGGAUACUCGCACAACUCGGCAGCGCAGGCUCGAGGCAUUAUUAAAGUAGGACGAUGGAAGCCGAUGCCCAUCCAUUACCUGACGGACGCUCCAGAAGCAACAGUGGCGGACAUGUUGCUGGAUGUUUACCACAUGGUUACGCUGCGGAUUCUCUUGCACAGCUUUUCUCGGCUGGAGGAUCUGCCGUCAGAGCAGUGGACCCACGCCACAGUGAGAAACGCUCUCAAAGAGCUCCUCAGAGAAACCAACCAGAGCACUGUGGCUAAGGAGAGUCCCCUGUCCCAGAGUAUGAUCUCAGCGAUUGUGAACAGUUCCUACUACGCAACUGUCUCCACCUCCAAAUGCCACGAGUUUGGGCGCUGGUACAAGAGAUACAAACGCUUUAAAGGUGAAUACAAUGAAAAGAUGUGGUCCUCACUGGAAAAGUCGGACAUAAAAGUAGAGAGAGAUUUGGACCUGAGUAUCCUCAACCACCGUCCUCCACCUCUGCUGCCGUCUCCCGGCCAUUUGGCCACGUUGGGGGCUCCAGGAGCCCUUCCCAUCAAAAGCACCCUGGGUGACGCUCACUCCCCCCCUCAGCCUCACAGUCUGCCUCAUCCUGCCGGCCCGAACCACCCUAGACCCCCACUCCGUCCGCAGGCCUCCACCCUGCUCGGUCACGGCGGACUGCUGUCCCCCCAGCUCUCCCCGCAGCUCGUUCGCCAGCAGCUCGCCAUGGCUCACCUCAUCAACCAGCAGCUGGCAGUCAGCCGCCUGCUCGCCCACCAGCACCCUCAGGGAGUCAACCAGCAGUUCCUCAAUCACCCGCCCAUCUCGCGGACCUGUAAGGUGUCCGGGGUCGCUGCAGACCCCGGCCUGAGCUGCUCGGGCGCUGAAGUCUCCUCUGACAUCUAUCAGCAAGUCAGGAAUGAACUGAAAAGAGCGAGCGUUUCUCAAGCCGUGUUUGCCCGCGUUGCUUUCAACCGCACGCAGGGGUUGCUGUCGGAGAUCCUUCGGAAGGAGGAGGACCCUCGCUCGGCUUCGCAGUCUCUGCUCGUCAACCUCAAGGCGAUGCAAAACUUCCUCAACCUGCCAGAGGCCGAGCGAGACCGCAUCUACCAGGAGGAGAGAGAGCGGAGCACCAGCACCAACCACGCCACCACCCACAUCUCCAGCAGCAGCAGCUGCAGCAGCAGCAGCACAAUCAGACACACACAGACUAAAUGCACCAUCUCCGGUCCAGAGCUGCAGCUGAAGCUCGACUCGCUCGCCAACAUCACGUCGGGGAUCUACGAGGAGAUCCAGCAGGAGAUGAAGCGGGCGAAGGUCUCCCAGGCUCUGUUCGCUAAGGUCGCUGCUAAUAAGAGUCAGGGUUGGCUAUGUGAGCUGCUCAGGUGGAAGGAGAGUCCGAGCCCUGAGAACCGCACUCUGUGGGAGAACCUGUGCACCAUCCGACGGUUCCUGGCCUUACCGCAGGUCGACAGAGACCAGGUCUACGAGGAGGAGUCCAGGCAGCAGCACAGCGACAGACUCCACACCGUCCUGCACAUCCCAGAUCAGCAGCCUUUCCACAGACAUCCUCUUCCUCCUUUAACCACUCCUUCGCCAGUCCAUGAAGAGCCUCAGCCCGUCGCCCUGAUGCCAUCGUUGCAGGGUCCGGAGGACAUGCCGCAGCGAGGUUUGAGUCCCGGCCUGGGAGGCGGAGCGAAGAAGUCCAGAUCUCGGACAAAGAUCUCCCUGGAGGCCUUGGGGAUCCUGCAGAGCUUCAUCGGCGACGUGGGACUCUACCCGGACCAGGAGGCCAUUCACACCUUGUCAGCCCAGCUAGACCUUCCCAAACACACCAUUGUCAAGUUCUUCCAGAACCAGCGCUACAACGUGAAACAUCACAGCCAGACCCGAGAGGACGACCAGGAGAGCUCCAGCCCCAGCGAAGGAGGCGCCUGCGCCACCGAGAGCAGAGAGGAGGAGGCCCUGUCUCCUUCUGAGGAGCUCAGCGAGGACGGCAGGGGUUCAGUGGAGAUGUUCAGAACAGAGCGGGACGUGAACGACGGCGAGGCGGAGAUGGAGGCGGAGAAGGAAGAGGUAGACGAUGAGAAAACCUCAGGACCGCCAACUUCCUCUCUGUCUCCCUACAGCAGCGUGGACAGCCCCCACUCUGCUGAACAGCAGAGAUAACAGCAGCGAAGGAUGCCAUCAAACCCCCAGAGCCUGUGAAGAACCACCCAUCAUCAUCAUCACCAUCAUCAUCACUAUCAUCUUUACCAGAGCUGCUGAUCAGAGCUCGUUAAUAUCUGAACAACUGUGGACAAAUAUUUAUCCAAGGACUGAUUGAAACAUGACCUGAAGGUAGUGUGAGGACCUUUGAGGUUGGACGUGGCCUGCAGAGGAUUUUCACUUUUUUCUUUACCCCAAGUUGAUUGAAAAUCAUCAAAAAUGUAAUUGAACUACGAGAAAACUCUUAUGGAAGGCAUUGAUUAAUUAACUUUGAUGUUUUAGUUAAAUAUCUAAAUAUGAAAUGCCAUUGUUCUCAGCCAAUUUGCUCCUACAGUCGUCUAAACUGCUGCUAAACCAGCCAAAGUAAAUCCUUUCUACCAUUUAUUUUGCAUUUCCAACAAUUCAGUUUCUGUCACCACCCAUUUUUAAUCCAGUAAUUUAUAGAUUCAUAUAAAAUCAUGCAUAUACAUUAUAUGCAUGAUUUCACAUCAUUUCUACCACUUACUCAGGUUAUGUUGGACUAGAAAAUCUAACAAUGUUUCAGUUUAACGUUUUGUAUCAGUAAGCAGGGAAAAACCUCUGCCCAAACUUCAGCUGAUUUAUUUAUAUAUAUAUAUAUAUAUAUAUAUAUAUAUAUAUAAUUUGAAUCAUUCCCUAACCCAUGACCUUUGUAAAGGUGCAUCUCGAUAUCCUCAGUUAAUUUAUUUCAGUAAUUUAAUUGAAAAAGUUGCUCAUUCUAGAAUCUUCACACACAGGGUUUGAUUUAUAUUUUAAGCAUUUAUUUCAUUUCAUUUUGAGUGGUUGAAAGUGAGUGAAAACCCAAAAUGUGAGUUCUGCAUAAAACUGCUAAAUGAUUUAAAUACAGAAAUAUAAACAUACUGACCAGGGCGUCCAUGCAGUUCUCGGUCAGGACCACUUUUGCAUGAACAACUGCGGCAUAGCAAAGAUGGUACGCCAUAUAUUGGUCCUUUUUUUCUUUAUCUUCUUUAUUUUGGUGCUGUAAAGAGAGCCAUAAAAAGUCAACCAUCCUGUGCUUAUCCACACUGUGAGUAGUUUACACAGGAAAGAAUGAAGUGAUUUUUUUCCUUCCACUCAACUUUCCAUUAAUAGCUUCGGGUACAGCUCUCAGGGUAAGCUGCAGAAGAAGAUCGAAUCUGUUUUUUGGCUAUUUGGCAGGUAGGCAAGGAUUCUUUAUGUAUUCUAAUUUUUUUCUGAUUGGUCAUGUUUUUCAAAGAACUGAAUAUUGGGUUUUCAUCAGUUGCAAACCAUAAUCAUCAAAAUUAACAAACAAAGAAAAAAACCCUUGAAAUAUGUUAAUUUUUAGAGUGCAAAACUCUAUUUUUCAACGAUGAUAUCCACUGAGAUGUUCCUUUAUUGUACAGAGACUCUUCAUUGACUGGUCUGUAUGUGAAACUGUCACAUAAGCCUCUGUUGAUAAUAAAAUAGUUUCACAACGUCACUCUAA